AUCAAUAGUAAAAAAAGUCAAGCAAAAAAAACGUCGACAUAAAACUUAUUAAAGCCAAUGUAAUACGGAUUAUUUAGUGAUAAUAUAUAACUUAUUCCAGUCAAAAUGAUGUUUUCUGGAACAAAUCUGAACCAAGACACUCGGUUCUGCGAUAAAGAGAAGAAGUUGAUGAAACAAAUGAAAUUUUCGGAUGUUUUGUCAAAGAAAGUUGACAUGUCAAAAGUCAAACUUGAUGUUUUGAGACCAUGGAUAAGCGCAAAAAUAACUCAACUUCUGAAUUUGGAAGAUGAUGUUAUAGAAGAAUAUGUUGUGAAUCAAUUAGAAGAUGAAAAAUAUCCAAAUCCCAAGAAAAUGCAGAUUUACCUCACCGGAUUUCUAAAUGGAAAAAAUGCUAAAAUAUUCAUGGAAGAGCUAUGGGCAUUAUUGUUGUCAGCUCAAGAGUCAGAUACUGGAAUUCCCGCAGAACUCAUCGAAUUAAAGAAAGAAGAAAUCAUGAAAAGAAACGACAGAGAUAGAAAAAGGUCAGCAAGUCCAAUAAAACGAAGUAAUUCAAAGGACCGUGAACAGGUACAAGAAAAAUCAAUUAAACCUCCGGAAGAAGCACUUAAGAAGGCAAUUGAAAUAAGAGAACGAUAUCAAUUAAAGAACGAAGCUAAAGAAAAGUCAAAAGAGGAAAACAAUUCGAAGCCGGCUCGACGUUCUCGUGGAAGAUCAAAUGAUAUUGCUAAAGACGAUAAAGAUAAACGAAGUAGAUCAAGAGAUAAACAACGAAGCCGUUCACGUGAUAAAAGAAGCCGAUCCCGUGAUAGAGUCAAAAGAUCAAGAGAUCGAAGAGAUCGUUCCAAGGACAGAAAAGUUCGAAAAUCACCAAUUAGACGUGAUAACAGUCGUUCAAGAAAAUCACAACCACAUUCACGAAGAGAUCGUUCAGUGUCGCGAAACAGAGAGAAAAAAUCUCCAAUUCGACGUAAUCGAUCUCGCAGUCGUGACAAACGUUCACCACCUCGACGAGACCGUUCAAAUUCAAGAAAUCGAGGCAGAAGAUCUCCACCUAGAAGGGAUCGAAGUCGAUCUCGUAAUAGAAACAAACAUUCACCAUCUCGAAAGAAUCGUUCAGUUUCUAAAAGCCGCUCUUUAUCACAAGAGGAGAAGCCAAGCUUAUCAAAGUUGCAGUCAAAAUUACUCGACAUGGCAAAGAAUAAACAGGAAUUACCAUUAAAAGCUGUUGAAUUGCCGAAGAAGAAAUCGCCGUCACGAAGUCCUUCACCUGCCAAAAAACGUCACAGCUCGAGUAGCAGCAACAGCAGCGAUUCGUCAUCAGAUCGUGACUCACAUCCUAAAGAGACAGAAAAGAAAUCAAGUGUUGUACAGAAGAAGCGACAAUAUCGCUCAAAAAAGGAUUCUGAGACUGACUCUGACGACGGCGGUCGUAUACGUGACAAAGGUCGUCGUAAUGAUGACUCAAGAGAUGUAAGACGAAGACGAUCAAGAUCAUAUUCAAGACGACGUUAUUCAAGAUCCUCAUCAAGACGAAGAGUUCAGGCCAGAAAUCGUCGAAGAAGCAGAUCUCCAAAGACUUAUAAGAAACUUUCUAGAUCAAGAUCAAGCUCACAUCAUAAACGUCAUUCAAGAUCUCCAAGAAAUAAUCAUUCAAGAAACAACAGAUCACCACGAAAUUACCGCCAAAGAGAUUCACGACGUGACGAGAGUCCAAGGAAAGUUGAUCGCUUUGAUCGGAAUGAUAAAAAUGAAAAGAAUUCAUCACGAGCAAGUGAAAAAAGUCGUGAAAAGCUUAAACCAGGGAACGAUAAAGACAAUGACAAAGAAGCACCGAAAAAGUUUGAUGAAAAGACUGCUAAGAAGAAUGUGACUGGUGAUGAUGGAAAAUCUAAACAACGAUCGAGCAACGAUGUUGACUAUGAGAAGAAACGAAUGUAUCAAGUAAAGAUAACAGAACAGAAAAUGAUUUUCAAAGAAACUGUGCGUGGUAAACAAGCAGCAUCGUCACGCGAAUCGAAGAUAUCAAUAAGCUCAGCGUCAUCGCCAUCACGAACACCAUCACCAUUCCUUAAACCUCAUGAAAGAAAGGAUUAUGUUCCACCUACAACAAUGAAGACUGAAGUCAAUCAACAACAGCAAAAGUCAAAGGGAGCUGCGAAAGAACUUGUGACACAUAACAUCAGCAGUGAUGACAAUAAUGUUAAGAAGACAAAAUUGAAACGUCGACGUAGUAGCAGCUCGUCAAGUGUUGAAAUUGCAAAAGUUAAAGCUACAAGAAAAGUUGAAGUGUUGAAGAAUGAUUUGAGGAAAAUUGAAAAGAAUGAAAUAUCAGCUAAGAAGAAGGCGAUUGAUGAUGUUGUGGAAUCUCGUAAAAAGUCAACAUUUGACGACAGUGGUGAGGAAAGUGAAGCAACAUCGGAGAGAAUUGUGAAGAAACGAAAGAAGAAGAAUCGCGAUGGAUCGGCUUCUGAUGAGUCUUCUGAGAAGAAAAAGAAGCGAAGUAAGUCCAAGAAGCAUAAGAAAUCGAGUAAGAAGUCGAAGAAGAAGUCGUCGGAUAAGAAGGAUUCAGAAAGUGCUGCUGAAAAGUCACCAGUGUCAGAGGUAAAUGAAGAUUUAGAAAAGAAGUUAAGGGAAAAAGCUCUUGUAAGCUUGAGAAAGUUUAAGAAAGUUUAAAUUGUGACAUUUCCCUCUUGCUUUCUUUUCUCUAUAAUAAACACAAAUCAACAAAUGAUUACAAAUAUAGUAAUUAUUAUAAUUAUAAUGAUUGAUAAACCAACAGUUUAAAAAGUAUUUCUCCAUCUCAAUUUAGUUUCAAAAGAAAAAAUCCUAAAAUGGUGAUUAGACUUGGCACAGAUUUUAUGAAGAAAACAUCUAAGUGAGAAAUUGAAUAUUCGUGGAUCAAAAUUUGAUACUAAAUGAAUAAGUAAACAUAUAAAUUAAUUAUACUUAACAACUGUCACUAAACAAAAUUUUCCACAAAUUUUCAUCAUCAAGAAACAAAAAAAAUUUCAUUUGAAAAAUUAUAAAUAAUAAUAUUUAAUGGAUUUAAUUAUCUAACUGAACGAUAAUAAUAAAAAUAGAAAAUUUGAAGAAUUUUAUGUUCAUUAUUACUUUCGAUAUUAAAUACAAAGUUAGGGACAAAGAAUGUUGAAAAUUUUGUCAUUUUCUAUUUAAUUUAGCAUGUGUCGUUUGUGACUUAUGUAUCGGCCCAUGAACAGUCAAAAUUUUCUCAUAAAAAUGUCAAAAAUCUUUGAAAUUUCGCAGCCAUAAAUUUCAUGACUAAUUUUCAAGUGAAGUUAAGCUUGAAAGUGUAAUAAGAAUUAAUGCCACGACAACAAGAAAAAGAAAUUUAAAUAAUAAAACUUAUGAAAG